AUGUCCAAGCUGUUACUAAACAGUACGCAGAUCAAUGCACUACGCCACUCGGAGCUAGAACAAUGGAAAACACAAGAAAAUGCGGCUGACCUCAUGGUGCCGCUCAUUGGACGUCUCUACCGCGAGAACAAUGUCGUGAGCGUGAUCUUUGGCAAGAGCCUCGUACACAAAACCAGUAUUGAACUCAUUAAGCUGCAUAGCUUUGUUUCCAAGUACGUGGGUAAACGCAUGCAGCCUACCGAGUCGCUCGUGGUGUUAUUGGCACUCGUGCAUCACGCGCCUAAUGCACGUGGUAUGCGCAUCGACCUCGGUCGUACUUUUGUCUAUAUGGAGAAGCAGGUACUAGACGUGCAGGCACAUCUUACACCUGAAGUGCGUGACGUCAAGGUACAGGAGCUGGGCGAGCUUCUGAACGGUCAAAUGGCUUUGUUCCCCUCAGCGCCGACUUUCACACCAAGUGAUGUGAUUCUCUAUGGUUUUGGCCGCAUUGGUCGUCUGCUGGCGCGUUUGCUCAUUGAGAAGAGCGGUCCUGGUGUAAAGCUUAUGCUGCGCGCCAUUGUAGUACGGAAGGGCACCAAGGAGGAUCUCAUAAAGCGCGCUAGUCUGUUGCGUCGUGACUCAGUGCACGGCCAGUUCCUUGGCAGUAUUACUAUUAACGAGGAAGCCAAUGCCAUCAUCGCUAAUGGCAACCUCAUCCAAGUUAUUUACUCGGAUGGACCAGACAAGUGCGACUACACCAAGUACGGCAUCAACAACGCCGUAGUUAUUGACAACACGGGUCGCUGGCGUGACGCCGAUGCAUUGGGACUGCAUCUCAAAUCUCCUGGUGUAUCCAAGGUCAUUCUGACUGCACCUGCUAAGGGAAAUGUGCCUACUAUCGUAGCUGGUGUGAACGACCACAUGGUUUUAAGUACUGAUAAUAUCUUCUCAACGGCGUCUUGCACGACUAACGCAAUUGCACCGCCACUGUUUGCUCUGGACAAGAAAUUCGGCAUCGUUGGCGGCCAUAUUGAGACGGUGCAUUCAUUUACGAACGAUCAGAAUUUGAUUGACAACUACCACAUGAAGGAGCGCCGUGGACGCAGUGCUGUACUUAACAUGGUUAUUACAGAGACGGGUGCAGCUGCUGCUGUGGUUAAGUGCCUUUCCUCGCUAAAGGACAAGUUGACCGCCAACGCUAUUCGCGUUCCUACACCAAACGUGUCACUGGCCAUUUUGAACUUGCAGCUGGACCCGGCUAAAGCGGAGAGUAUUACAAAAGAGUCAAUCAACUCGUUCAUGCACAAGGUGUCGCUGGAUUCUCCGCUACAAAACCAGAUUGAUUUUGUUGACUCAGCUGAGGUUGCGUCUUCGGAUUUCAUUGGCAGUCGUGCCGCUGGUACGGUGGAUGGUAAAGCCACCAUCGUGGAUGGUACCAAAGUCAUUCUCUACGUCUGGUACGACAAUGAGUUUGGCUAUAGUUGCCAAGUCGUUCGUACUCUGCAGCACCUCAUGGGCAUCAACCAUGCUCAUUUUCCGGCGAAGGAGCAGGUUGAAGAAAUUGACCGAUCUCUUAACCUCAUUGACGACAGCUAG